CAUUCCCCGCAAACUUUCUCUGUGCUCAAUUCAGGUCAGCUGUUGGUACACUGACUAAGAACAAUGAGGACAGUAGGAGUCUUUGUGUUUUUGCUGCUUAACGUGGCCAUGGAAAUAAUCAGUGGUGCGGAUAAUACGAAGAGAUCUAGAUCAGAAAAGUCCAGUCCAGAAGCCAAUCACACCAAGCCUGCAAGUUUUUCACAGUUUUUAGGCAAACUGCUCGUGGUGCCCAUGGAUGGGAGUCAUUGGAUAGGUCUUAAAGCCAUUGCCCAGGAAAUGGGUCGCCGUGGACACAGAGUUACGGUGGUGAUGCCAGAGACCACCAUACGAAUGGGCCCGGGGAAACAUUAUGACACUUUGACCUAUCCUGUACCUUAUGACAAGGCUUACAUCGACUCUGUGAUGUCCACACACAAAGACAUCAUGAAAAAAUCCUCACAGCCUUUCAUGGAGAAGAUCAAGAAACGGUUCACACAGUUCCGGGCCAUUUCUGAUUUUCUGCACAUCACUGCAGAGAAGUUGCUCUUCAAUGCCAGUCUCAUAUCACACUUGGCCCAGCAGGAAUUUGAUGCCGUCUUGACAGACCCCAUGGUUCCCACGGGCUCAUUAAUAGCUCGGAAAUUAGGUCUCCCUACUGUCAAUCUGCUGAGAGGAAUCCCGUGUCACUUGGACAUGAGGUCUGCUGGCUGCCCAUCUCCGCCCUCAUACAUUCCUCGCUUUUUCACUGGAUACACUGAUAAAAUGAGCUUCAAGGAGAGAGUUAUCAACACUUUGGUGGCAUUUGUGGAGCCGCUGUUUUGCAAACUGCUGUAUUGGCGCUUUGACCAAAUAACCCGUGACUUCCUCGGAGAGAACGUGGGCGUGGCUGAAGUGCUUUCAGACUCUGAUAUCUGGCUGCUGAGGAAUGACUUCACACUGGAUUUCCCACGCCCACUCAUGCCCAAUAUUGUACUGGUUGGUGGAAUCAAUUGCAAUGUGAAACAUCCUCUGCCUCCAGAUCUGGAUUCCUGGGUGUCUGGAGAGCACGGGUUUGUAGUGUUUACUCUGGGCUCCAUGGUGUCAGAUCUGCCAGAGGAAAUCACCUCUGUCUUUCUGGAGGCCUUCAGACAGAUUCCACAGAAGGUCAUAUGGAGAUACACUGGAAAGGUUCCUGAUAAUGUCCCGGAAAAUGUGAAGAUGAUGAAAUGGGUCCCACAGAAUGACCUGCUAGCUCACCCAGGAGCCCGUGCAUUCAUCACUCACGCUGGCUCACAUGGUGUGUUUGAGGGACUGUGUCACGCCGUUCCCAUGCUGAUGGUGCCCCUGAACGGGGACCAGCCGGACAACGCUGCGAGGAUGGCCAGCAGAGGUGUAGGAAUCGUGUUGAACAUUUUAGGCAUUAAUACAGAAACUCUUCUGAAGGGACUGAAGGAGGUCAUCAAUGACAGCAGGUAUAAAGAGAACAUGAAGAAGCUGUCAGAUCUUCAUAACGAUCGGCCGUUGGACCCGCUUGAGCUUUCAGUGUAUUGGACAGAAUUUGUGAUGCGGCAUAAAGGGGUGAAGCAUCUCAAAUCGGCUCUCCAUGAACUCUACUGGUUCCAGUACUUCAGCCUGGAUGUAAUAGCGCUGCUGACUACUGUGGUGCUUGUCUUUGUAAUGCUGACAGCAAAAUGUAUGAAGCUAUGCUUCCGUAAACUGAGAUGGAAGAGAAAGCAGGAAUAAGGACAGUUUUUUUACUGGAAUUACUGUGAUGUUGUAAUUGUAUUCUCAUC